AUGGUCAUUCUACUCGCCCUUGUCCCUGUCGAUAGCACGCAUCAAUCAAUGAUUGCCUGUCGUUAUGCGGUUGCCCGUGACUCGUCUGGGGUGUGUCUAGGACAGCCAAUCUCCCAUGACCUUGAGCGUUUGCCUGAUUUUCGCGUCCCUAAGUCGGGCCACGCGGCAGGUGAGCUGGACCAACACAGAGGCCAUAUCGGAGUCCGACAUGCGUUAUUGGGAAUGCGCAGCCAUAAUAAGUGCCAACAAUGGGGGUGUGGCGGCAGGCCUUGCUGCACGCCCAUGCCGCGCCAUUUGGGAUCUGAGCUGCCUCCCCCCUUUUCACUAUUGUAUAAAAGCCAGGUCAGUGUUCGCUGUGCAGAGUUAAGGUUUAGGCUAGAGUAAGGAUUAAGAUUAGAGUCAUUGUGGGGUUUAGGACAAGGGGCUAUUUUGUCCCCUCCAAAAUUAUGCACAGGUCCACCUGUAUCACUUGGGCGUGGCGUACCUAUGCCCGUAUUUUGUUUAAGGGACCAUAUAAGUCAGUCCUAUCGACCUCUGCCCCACAAAGCAACCGGCGACAUACAACUGGGAGGGGACGUGUGCUACCAAUCGCCGGACAGGCUAUGCCCGAACGCAUAUCGUUCAUAAAGGAGGACUCCGUAGGUGACAUAUCUCAUGAAGCAUUAACUUAUAUUCUAAAGUAUCAUUUCAGUCAGAAAAUACAGUUGGAUGUUAUUUCGUAGCCGUACCUACAGUUCACAAGUCCCAGUGUAGUCCUUAACCCCAGCCCCCAACCUUAACCCAUUACCAUAACCCUUAGCCCCAACCCCUGACCCUAACCUCAAACCCUAGCCCCAACCUCUAACCCCCAACCCCUUACAGGUACGGCCACGAAAUAAGAUCUUUCCAAAAAUACUUCGUUGGGAGGAACUUAUGACGAACAGUACCAACUGCAAAGGUUUCCUAUAUGUAUGAUGAAGUUCGAAGACUUGAGAGGAAACUGAAAGAGUUUUCGGUAGAGCGGACCUAAAAAUUUUACUUCGGAUCUCCUAAGGGGCAGGAGAGGGGAUACUAGGUUACGUAUUUCCGGUCAGUAACAAUUCGUCAAUGGUCAUUAAUGAUUACUCGAUCGUUUUAAAAACGAGGAAUAAAUUUUGUCAGGUCAAAAACUCAGCGUUUUUGAGAAGAAAACAACGGAUGACAGUCUGAAAGGUACUGGCAAAAAUCUAAAGCAGAUCUAGAGAACAUAAUUUUAGAAAGUUCAAGGGUCGAGUUGUGUAGGAAUCUACCGGAGGAACAUGCGUAACAGAUAAGAAUAAACUCUUAUCCCACAGUUUUGUAAAGUUGCGAAAAUCAACAUUCAACUUAUGCUAUUAAAGUGUAGAAUCCCAUUUGAUGAUAACAUGCGACCCACUUGGGUCCAUUUCUUAUUAAAUCUAACUUGGCUUUUACGAACUCCGUGGAAAGUAGGUGCUUUUUAAGAAUUUGUUUUGGAAAAAUAAAGAACAUUUGCAGUCUGUAUUUGAGAAGACUUGGCUAGGUUAAAGAAUGGAAACAGUUCAGACUGUUCCACUACUUCCCCAAACACAUGAGGAAUAGUGAGCAACAAGUGUUUCACAAAGUAGAAUUGUAAAUUUAACAAAAUAUUUAAUUCAAGAGGUUUUUGACGAGUUUUGGUUUUUCGGCCCCACUUGAUCGCCACGAUAUGCACAGCUUUCUAAAAAAACUUAAUAUAUGCGAAUAAGCUGGCUUUUCAAACAUCACGUGUUUGCACCUUUCGUACCAUUUUAAUCCAACGAGUGACUGUGCCACGGGGGAGGAGUGCUUAUACGCCAGCCUCGGUUACUUCAGGUAUCAGUUCACACUGCGCGUACCUCGAGCCGAGCGUGCGCCCUCUUUAUUAUCUUAAUCCAGCGAAUGGUCAAGUGGACUUGCUAACAGAAUCGUUCAGGCGGUGUGGAACUCCGUCAGUUCCACUACAAUGGCCAUGCACCGCAAAUUACCACGUGAUUCCCCUCGUGGCCAUCCAGUUGUGAUUGCGCACCCCCGUAUCCUCUUAAUCCAGCGAGCGGCUGUGUUUGGGGUGUGUCUACACAAUGCCUUAACUCGCUCCCCAGCAUGUGCGCGGAGCUCUGCUUGCACUCUCCUUCUCUUCCCAAUCCAGCGAGUGGCCAAGUUAGGUAUGCUAACUAUUAAUGUUUUGGUAAGCUAACCAUACGGUAUCAAUUAAGUGGGGCCGCAGAACCGAACGUCGUCGAAGUUUUUUAAAGAAGAAUUAGCGCACGAUUUAAGCUGCCUGUUGAAACUGGUUUGCAAAUCAUCUACCUUCAGAGGAAAAUUAGAAAAUGCAGACACAUGUCAAGUAAGCGUUUGACCCUCAUUAUUGUUGUUAUGAUCUCACUCGAUCUCAUUCUGUCCGCCCGACAACGAACGUUGUUUCAUAGGACACAUACCACAUAAGCAGCUCACUCCGAGUGCAACAGGUCAGACGCCGCCUUCUGCCGCAGCGGCUGCGGCCGAUGCAGGACGUUUGAGUGGUUCGUAAGGCCGAGGAGAUCCAAGGGUACGCGGAUCGCAACGAAUGGAAGAACAUCUUCAAGGCUGUUUGCGGCCCCACAACCAAAGGAGCUAGUCCUCUUGUCAGCGCCGAUAGGGCUACCCUAAUCACCGAGAAGACACAAAUUCUACAACGACGGGCCGAGCACUUCAGAGGCGUCCUCAACCAUCCCCCCACCAUCUCCGACGUCGUCAUCGUCCCUCUGCAUCAAGUGGAGACCAACGCCGACCUCGACCUCGCGUCCUCUCUCUACGAAACCAUCAAGGCCGCGCAACAGCUCUCCAGCGGGAAAGCGCCUGGAUUGGAUGCGACUCCCGCUGAGAUCUACAAGCACGGUGGCCCCCAACUCAUGGAUCAUCUGACGGCGCUCUUCCAGGAGAUGUGGUGUCAAGGCGAAGUCCCUCAGAAUUUCAAGUAGGCCACAAUCGUCCAUCUCUAUAAGCGGAAAGGCGAUCGCCAGCUCUGCGUCAACCAUUGGGGCAUCUCCUCGCUGAACACUACCGGGAAGAUCUUUGCUCGCACUCUCCCCAACCGUCUCAACAACCAAGGUCUCCUACCGGAACGCCAGUGCGGCUUCCGCCGUCACUGGGAAACCACCGACAUGAUAUUCGCCGCCCGCCACUGCAGGAGAAGUUUCAGGAGAUACGGGUCCACUUCUACUCUGUCUCUGCGGAUCUGACGAAGGCCUUCGACACGAUAAACCGCGAAGGACUGCGAAAACGCAUGCAGAAAUUUGGCUGUCUCGGGCGAUUCACUCAGAUGGUGCGUCAGCUCCAAGAUGACAUGACGGCACUCGUCGCGGACAAUGGAGUCGUCUCAGAGGCAUUUGCAGUGACCAGCGGAGCGAAAGAGGGCUGCGUCCUAUCGCCUACCCUCUACACUCUCAUGUUCUCUGCCUUGCUAAUGGACACCUAG